AUGGGAGGUAAGAUGUUUCAAUAAUUUCGUUUUUCUAUUUGAAUAGGCAAAAAAAAAUCGAUGAAAAAAAUAUCAACAUAGGUUUGAAUGCCUCGGCAGCUUUCGUAUGAUACGGUUAUGUUUUCUUAUUCCAGAGGCCGAGACGCGUCAGAAAUUGCUGCGCAAUGUGAAGAAAGAGGUGGGUGCCUAUAUAUUUGCAAUGUUUAUAACAACUAAUUAUUAGAAGCAACCGUUGGUCAUGGAUCGCUGGCAGCAGUUCUGUUUUAUUGGGAUGGCCAAAAUUAGAUUGUAAAAUAGGGAGGUCUGAUCAAAUUGAUAUGCUUCAAUAAAAUGUAGCCUAAUUGUGAAAAUGUAGCCUAAUAUGCUUCUUUGGAUCGUGAUUUAAUUAUAAAGGGUGCGCUCAUGCGUUCAGUGGCGACUUGGAUUGAAAUACUUGGAUUAUAGCCUAUGCAGAGAAAUCAUAAUCAUCAUUUGGGCUCAGUAGGUAGCCUAGGCAAUACCGUCAAGAUCAAUGUAACGGUUAAGGUAUGGAUCCGUUAUCUGCAUGUGAAUACGUGUGCAUGUCACAGUGCAGAGCCAAUGAGCAUCACCAUUUAUAUAAUUAUUGAUAACAGCUCUUACAUGUGAUGUCUUUCAUGUUAAUGCUCGUGCUGUAAUGGAGGGCAAUUCAAUUCACUGGGCAUGCUAAUAUCUCAGAUAGCCUAUUGCCCCUCUCUCUUUUAUAUAAAAAACAACAUCAAAUAAAUUGAUAAGAUUAUGUCUUGCUUCAUCCAGUGUUUAGAAAGUUAAUGUGGAACUGACAGCAUUUGAGCAACAUUAAAUCUUAUUCAAAUCUGUUCAUAUACACCUCCAGAAAGAAUAUUACACUUUGUUUUACAUUUUCUGACAAGCGAGCACUAAGAUAUGGUCAUUUUCAUAAAUUAUUAUGAUGUUGCUGUUGUUCCAUGACAGUUUAUUAUUUGGCGACUCAUCGUUAUCUGACCCCACCACCUCUGCCAGAGACCCCCAUCUGUUAGCUACAGCCAUAUCAUACUUCUUCAAAGGAAAGUUGGCUCAUGGUAUAGUUCGGCUGCAGCAUUAGGGAUACCUGAAAGGGAGAAAGGAGACUUCCUCCCUGUCUGGCUCCUUUUCUUUGUAGCUGCAUGCUGGUGUAUCCUCUGUCCAUUUAAGAGUUGCACUUUGUUGUUUUGUGCUGAUAGAAAACAAAAACUACAUCAUUAGCAGCAGACUGUAUAGUGUAUUCAUUUGUAUGGAUAGCACUGACCAGUGGUGUAGUGUAGGGUAAACGCAAGUAAACGCAGUUUACCCAGCUUUUGCGUUCAAAGUUUACACACCUAUUUUUUGUAUUAUCACUAUGUCUCUGGCCCUGUCCAGCUUUGUGACAUUUUUAGAUGAGGGAAAAAACGGUAUGGACAACAGACCAAGUGAUUGGCUAUUCACUUUCAUUGUUUGUAAUUAUGAGAGCUUCAUUUUUGACAGAGCUGAAAAAAUUAAUGGGUGACUUUCAUUGGUGAUACAUUUUAGAAUGUUAUCUAUAGAUAGUUUAUCAUCAUAUCAGUUAUCUGUAUCUCUCACUACACACACUUACAGUACACGCGCACCAUCACACACACACGCAGACACCCACACACCCCCACACACACACACACAUGCACAUGACAAGUUAUUCAUGGCAGCAAUUCUUAUUGUGAGUCUUGUGAAGGCAAUCAUUGGGUCUGGUGCCCGCUGGGGGGUAAACAGGAUGUUUUAUUCAGUAGUGUGCGGAUUGGACACUUCCAGGUUUAGCUUCACCAUGCUCUCAGUCACCUGUGUGUGACUCAUUGCAUGUGGAGGCCUCCUCACACUGGGGACAUGACUGGCACCAGGCUGUGCAGCAAGGAAAAGGGUCUUAGUUGGUGAUACUAAAUAUACUGUAUCUCAAACCCUGACUGUUUUUUCCCAUUUUUUCGAGUAGAUCUUAUUGAAUUUCUAUCAAUUUCCUCACAAUGUUCACAAUUACUCUGCACUGUAUAAUUUCAUAAUCUGGGAAUUGGUCACACUAUAUUUUACUAUUGCGUGUUUGUUGUGUUUUAUUUUGAGGUUAUAUGAGAAAUACUAAGAUAACAUAAGCAGCUUCAUCAAACAACCUAAAAGUUAUCUCAGAGACAUUUCACUGGAAAAUCAUUGAAAAUAUACACUUUAGUCGCUCCUUUUACGCUAGUCAAGCUCUGUCUUGUCUGAAGUGAUACAUAUCUACCACCCUUUCUGUCUCUAGUCUGUCAAUAAGUAUCUGCACGCUUGCUUGCAUUCCCUCGCCACCCUCCCUCUGCCUGCCCGUGAUUAUCUAUUGUUGCAUAAUCACUCCCCAUCCUUCCCUCCUUCCACGCUUUGAUUUUCUUUCUGUUUCCUCAUGUCAGAACCGGUCUCUUUAUCUGCCGGUCGAAUUAAACCCAACUUCACCUUUAACUCUCUUUUCUUCCCAGGUGAAACAGAUCAUGGAGGAAGCAGUGACUCGGAAGUUUGUGCACGCAGACAGCAGCCAUAUAAUAUCCUUCUGUGGUGAGUGUGUUCAUGAAGUAGUAUAUUACUUAUUUAAUCAGUGUUGCAGAUUUUACAAAAGUAUUGACAGUUCAUAGGUUAUGCAGUUAGAUUAGGGAUGGAUUCAUUAAACUGAUCUACAGUAACUGUUUAUUAAAUGUACUUGAUGGUGUUGUACACAAAAUCAUUACACCAAAUCUACAAGCCCACUGAAGGACUUCAGAGGCAUAUGGCAGUGCUCCAGUGAUUUGAUGGGAGGGAGGGUGCCAUGGUUGAUGGGCAGGCCUAGCUGCAUAGCUGAUCUGGGUGGGUCUAAGUGUCGAUUCAAUGACUGCUUAGCUUAUGUGUAACAUAUGCACAAGUGCUUGGUUUAUCAUCUUGGAGCAAACACCAUUAUGAUUGUAAUGAGAGCAAGAGAGGAGUGGAUAGAAGCAAGAGAUUGUGGCAAGUAAGAAACACAUGUUUCGUGAGAUGAGUAACCUUAUCUCCAAAGAUCACCUUUCUCUCUCUUAUCACAGACCCAUGCAUUGCUGCUAUUCUCUAUCAACUGAAGAAUCACUGUUGGUUUGAACUAGUGCUUUGUAACACAUAGGAUUAUUGUUACAUUAACAGCACAGCAGUAAGAUUCUGGAGUCAAAAGCAGGGGGAUUAUUAUUUGGCCCCCCAGGUUUUCUGAGCAAAAUGUUUAUAUAUUUAUUUAUUUAUGUUUUUCAUUUUUUAUUGUUGGACAUAUCAGCUCCAAGUGAUUUUAAUUUUGGAAAUCUGUUCCAAACUAUUCCCACACAUAAUAGAGAGAUACAGUGUAUGUAAUCGUAAACAAAUGUAAGCAAUGUUUGAAAUGAUUAUGUUUAGUAAAAUAUUAUAUCUGUUUGGACUUCUUGCGGUCAAUUUCCAGUCAAUCAAUUAUAUGUAAUCACGUUCCGCCCCCCUGACCAUCCGAUCAAGAAAAAAUCUGCCCGCGGCUGAAUCUAGUUGAUGAUUCCUGCCAUAGAAAUACAGUUAAUUUCACAUAAAAAGUCUGAACUGAUUGCAUGGUCAGACAUUUACUCAUGACUACAUUGACAUUUACAGAGCAAAGUGACAUCAGGCAUCAUCCUGUGGAGUUGAAAUGUCAAACCCUGUCAAGUCCUGCCACCUCCUACUACCCCAAUCUGCGUAUGGUCACAUUCUCAACCAACACAGCUUGAUUUUAGGCUGUCUCUUAUUCUUUACAAUGGCUGUGGCCAGAGCCCGCCUAAAAUCAAGCUGUGUUGGUUGAGAAUGUGACCGUACACAGAUUGGGGUAGUAGGAGGUGGCAGGGCUUGACAGGGCUUGACAUUUCCACUCCCACAGGAUAACGCCUGAUGUCACUUUGCUCUGCAAAUGUAGGUCUAUCUGUGUUAAAUUGAACUGUCAGCAGACAGGUAGGGCAGGUCAAGCCACCCUUUGUCACCACCCCAACAGGGGGAAUUCAUUACAAUAUUCAAAGGUGUUGAUACUACACCUCCACACAUCCACGGAUACCCUACACUCUUAGAAAAAAUGGUUCCAAAAGGGUUCUUUGGGGGAGGGAUAGGGUUCUACCAAGAACCAUUUUGAUCAGAAUAACUCUUUCUGGAAGACAAGGUUUCUUUGUAAGGCAAAGGGUUCUACCUAGAAGAACCUUUAACAUCCUAAGAACGAUUUUGUGGAAGAAAGGGUUCUUUGAUAACUCAUUGGAAGGCAAGAAGGAUUCUUUGGAAGACAAGAAGGGUUCUAAAUAAAACCAUAUAUAAUAUUUCCCAGCAUGCUCUAUUGCAGGGAGAUUUUCAGAAUUGUUUUACUGUAAUAUCUGUGUUUUUGCAUGUACAUUGAUUGGUUGAUUAAUUUUAUGCUACACAAAGAUAAAUAACAUACAGUUUUCUAAACUAAUCCAAUCUGUUGGAUUUAUUGCACCUGUUACUGAGAUGUUUGUUCCAGUUUAGAUGAUUGAGGUAGUCUCAGUAUUCUUCCCUACCCUGGCAGUCAUUCUGGAUGCGGGUUGCGGGUGAUUAACAAUUGCACUUGUUGGAUAUCCUAACUCUGGCUGGAUUCCAAUAGAAAUUACAAAUCACUUUACAAGCCAGCAUAAUGUGACUUGCAGGCCAGAUGUGGCCUGUACACCAGGAGACUCCUAACACCACUGUGUAAGGGUAUAACUAGGCCCUCAAAGAAAGGCUUGAUGUAUAUAAUGUAUUGUCAUAAAUAAUACAAUUUUAAAGGCUAAUAAGGCUAGUAGAACCCUUCAUAGACAGUUCUAGGAAGAACCUUUAGAUGAUCAAAUGGUUCUUGGUAGAACCCUUCAUAGACAGUUCUAGGAAGAACCUUUAGAUGAUAAAAUGGUUCUUGGUAGAACCCUUCAUAGAGGGUUUUAGGUAGAACCAUAUACAGGGGGUUCUUUGAAGAAUCCUACAUAGAGGGUUCUAGAUAAAACCCUCUGCAAAGGGUUCUACCCAGCACCAAAAAGGGUUCCCCAAUGGGGACAAACCGAAGAACCCUGUAUGGCACCUUUUUUUCUAAGAGUGUAGCAACAGUAAACAGCGUUUGUCGGUUUUCAGUCUAUUUCUGGUCCUGCUGAGAGCCACCUGCACCUGCCCUCCAACCCAUCCCUGCCUCUCUGCAGUUAGCACUCAGAUUGUCCAAGGGUUUCUCACUUCAUUUUCACUGGGUGCUCCUGAAAAACUCAAUAUCAAACUCUGCAAGGGAAAUCCAUAAACAGUAUGUGGUUUACUUGUUGUUUACAAUAUAUGCAAUCAUAGCUUAGUGAAUAUCGCUUUGGGGAAAGCCAAACUCUGUGUUUACUGUUGGUGUCUGUAUAUUCUGUACUAUGCGUGUCUACAGCUGUAGUGGAGGCAUGUGUGCUCCAUGGGCUGAAGAGGCGAGCAGCAGGCCUCCUGUGCAGUAAUAAGGUAGCAGCACUCUUCAUGAAGGUGGGGAAGAGCUUUACCCCGGUGGAGGAACUGUGUCAAAAGGUCCAGGAACUAGAGCAGCUCAUCGAGACCAAGUAAGACAUUGAUCUAACUCUAACCCCCCCCCACACACACAUACACACAUACGUUAAAUGUAUACAACAUUUGUAUCAAACUCUCCUUUCCUCUCUGUAUUCUCCAGCAGACAGGCUCAACUAAAUAAUGUCAGUGUUCCGAAACAACCCAGGGUGACCAACCUCCCUCCUCAGGGCUUGAGGAACCUGUGGAUCCGCACUGCUCUCAUGGAGAAGCUUCUGGACAAGAUUGUCAUGUACCUAGUAGAGAACAGCAGGUUAGCAAUUAAUAAACUGAUCAGCUUCCAGUUGAUAGGCUGACAUUGUGUUUGAUCUUACAAAUACCAACAGUUGUAGCUGUUCAAUAUGUAUAGCCUACUACUUAUAUCCCUUUCACACUAAAACGUUUUUCUGGUGACUUUACCAUACCGCCAACUUUUUCCGCCUCUUCCUUACAUCUGAAAGGUAUUGCCUGUAUCAAAGGCAAAACUUUUAUUUCCGUCUAACAACCCAAUAAUCAUUUUGGUAAAGUUCUGCCUACGGCUUAGUAUGAAACGUAGCCGUAAUGCUGAGGCGGCAUUGGCACGCACUACGCUCUUAAACUCUUGAUGGUUGCUAGGGUGCGGCAGUUAACCAUCCUCCUACCAGUUCUACAAUUAGGCUGGGGAAAUGUUAGCUAAGUUGAGGUGAGUGCUGCUCAUGAUCAUCUUGUCUAGUUGGCUCAUUAUUUAGGACAUUUUGCCAGCAUGUUAUGUAGUUUAACAAGUGUAUUAAUUUGCUCUUCACUCACAGACGCUUGGUAGCCUAGGCCUACUCCCAACCAAAACCUUGUGACUUCACUGACUUGUCUCAAUCAAUGUGAUUUUGUUUAACUGAAUCUCUGUCUGUAUAGGCUAUUUGGUUAAUUGGUUUCUGGCUGGGAAAAUACUGUAAGUGGAGGUGGUAUAGCUCAUCUAUUAGUUUGCUCAUCUACAGUAUCGCUUUUUUAUAUGACAGCUGCUCCACACAUUCCCGUGACACAAGCUGUGUGGGAAAAAUAUUAUUUGUAUUUUAUUCUGUUAUAUUCUAUUAUAUUCUUACUACAAAAUAUAUGCGUGUGGACUGUGAUCGGGGUAGGUGUGUCUUGACUGUUUAAUUAACAAAAUUGAUUUCAUUUAUUUGGAUGUAACAUAAUUAAACUCCAAAUAUACCAUUCUAUUGUUUUGAAAAUGUAUUUUAUUAGUCUUAUAAUGUUUUGUAGGACCUGCCUAAACAAAUUAAUAAUGGAUUUAUUUUUGAUGGUGUACUGUAUAUUCAAUGGAUUUAUUAAAAUAAACGCCCACCCACAUCUGCACACCACUACUACCACUUGUCACCGGUCUGCCGGCAUGUGCACGGGAGGUAUAAAAGGCGUGUGUAGGCAAGAAUGUGGUAAAAAUGGGCCUGUUUGUAAGGGGGUCAUAUAAACAUUGGCCAUUUGUUUUUACAGCCAAAAUACUGUAAAUCCUAUGUGAAAACAGUAUUAUAGUCACUUUUCAGGGAACAUGCAGCAAUGCCGCUUCUUGCACCAUUUUUAGUAAACAUGGUUUUCUCUCUUCCAGUACUUUCUAUGACAGGGAGGCCAUUCUAAUGGAUGCUGUGGAUGGACCAAUCCUUGCCUCUCUGUUAGGUAUUGAUGGACCUCUUCUUAUGGCUUCUAUUGCCAGGAUGUGGCCGGACGGAUCUCUGAUAAGAUAAGAAAUAACACAUUGAAUGGCACAUUACAGUGAAUGUGACUCCCUCUGAGAUAACCUAUAGAUACAACAUGACAUAGGAGACUAGUGCUUAACAGUGGAUAUUACCUUAUUUCAGAUAAGGACAUACAUGUAGCUCUGUGGUUUAGAACAUAAAUAUACUGGUUACUAACUCCAAAUUAACAUUGUACUCACACUUAUAACAGACAAGUGCAUUUACCUCUUCCUGUGAAGGUAACAAUGACAUUGCUGGUACUUCAAUCUUUCACUCUGGAUGAUGAUGAUUCAGUACAUUGCUUUAGGGGCUAGGGGCUGGUCCUCUGUAGCUCAAUUGGUAGAGCAUGGCGCUUGUAACGCCAGGGUAGUGGGUUCGAUCCCCGGGACCACCCAUACGUAAAAAAAUGUAUGCACACAUGACUGUAAGUCGCUUUGGAUAAAAGCGUCUGCUAAAUGGCAUAAUAUAUUAUAUAUUAUAUUAUAAAUAGUGAUUUCACCUUUCCACGCCCAAACUGUUGUGGAUCUUAGUGUUUUGUUGCUCUUACUCUUGCAGUCGGCCCCUGUGCUCUGGAAUACACUAAGGUGAAGACAGCCGACCACUUCUGGACAGACCCCUCUGCUGAUGAGCUAGUCCAGAGACACCGCAUCCAUAGUGGCCACUGUCGCCAGGACUCCCCCUCCAGGCGACCUGCCCUGGUCAGUGUAUGGAUGAUGUGUUUGUAAAUGAAUGAUGCGUUGUGAAAUAUAUGAUGUAUAAAGAAUAGUCCAAUGGUCUUUUCUAAUAGAUCCAGAAGAGGCAGUCCAGUGGCAGUAUGGAGGACCGGCCCAUCCUGUGGGCUAGGGACUAUGUUGAGUCCCUCCAUCAGAACAACAGGGCUACACUGCUGUUUGGCAAGAACAAUGUCCUGGUGCAGCCGGUGUGUGUAUGUGUUUGUGUGUGUGUGUGUGUGUGUGUGUGUGUGAUUUAAAGGAUCUGACAUAGCUUUUUAACAGCAGGGAAUGCUUUUUAGCAAAUCUAUUUUCUUGGUCAACAGAGGGAUGACAUGGAGGCUAUCCCAGGGUACCUGUCUCUCCACCAGACUGCAGAUCUCAUGACCCUGAAAUGGACACCUAACCAGCUCAUGAAUGGCACUGUGGCAGAUGACACUGAAAAAAGGUAAUAUAAUAUCAAAUCACAGUAAUAGAAACAUAUUCUGACACUCAUAUUUGUCCACAAAGAGCAUGCCAAAUUAUAUAUGAUUUGUUCACUCUUAUUGAUUUUCCUACAGUGUUUACUGGGACUUUGCCAUGACUAUUCGCCUGGCGGAGAUUGUUUAUCUGCACUGCCAUCAGCAAGGUACAGGAACCUCUCUUAAUUAUGUAGGCCUAUAGCUUUGUAUACAUUUGCUUGUGUGUUCUUGACCUUGUGAUCAUGUUUUUUCCCAGUGGACAGUGGUGGGACAGUGGUUCUGGUGAGUCAGGAUGGGAUCCAGAGGCCUCCACUGCGGUUCCCCCGGGGAGGACACCUGCUCCAGUUCCUGACCUGCCUGGAGACGGGCCUGCUGCCACACGGACAACUGGAUCCUCCGCUCUGGUCCCAGAGGGGAAAGGUCUGCAUGGAACAUAUAAAUGCCCCAGAUAAAGUCCCAUUCUGAAUUCAUGACAAUUAUUCCGAUCUCAAUUAAUGUUUACUGUAGCUAUUAUGUCCACAUCCACUAAAUCAAGCCUGAUGGUAUGAUUUAGCUAGUUGUUUCUUGUAACAUUAGAAAUAGGCUCAUAAGUAGCAGUAUUUCUGUUGUUUGACUGAGGAUAACUCUGAUCUCUGUGUUAGUACACUGCUGCCAGAGGAAUACUUUUACACUGACAUUGAUCUUAUCCACCAAUUUAGCCUCCAAGUAUAAAAUAACCUUGACCUGCCAAAGCAAAGGGAACAACAUGUGAAGGUUUUGAUAUGGGUUGUGAUGAUGAACGUGGUAGUGAUAGCAGAGCUGAGACUAUAAUUCACAGGCUGCAGUAGAAGAUAGCUUUGUAAGGGUUGUGGUAUAUUACCUGGCGUGGGGAGUGAAAGACUAUAAAGCCUAGGAGUUUAGGUGUGAGUGGGGUCUUAAUACAUCCUCUGGAUAACAUGAAGGACAUUUGCAAGACCAAGGACAAGGACAUUGACUUGAGAUUGGCGUUCUCAGGCUGGAUCAUUAAUUGUAUCUAGCCUAGUCUUGCGUCAAAAUUAAAUGAUAGGGAUCAGAGUUUUAGAGUAAGAUCAAAUAAACUUUAAUCACUCUCGCGAAUCAUCAUCAUAACAUCCUUUUGUCUUAUACUGAGUGCAGUACCUUCCUUUGCCUACAGGGAAAGGUUUUCCCUAAAUUGCGGAAGAGGAGUCCGCAGGGGUCUGUGGAGUCUGUGUCGGAUAAAGAGGAGGACGAGGCCACUGAUUAUGUCUUUCGGAUCCUGCUCCCUGGUACUCCGUCAGACUUUGGUAUGUCACUUGUGAUCUCUUUAUUCUGUAUCGAUUUUCUGUUCAAAUAUGUACUGAAUAUACUUUUCAUUCGUUUUUUUCUCUCUCUCUCAUUGUUUGUUUUGUUGACCAUUGUCCCACCUGCCUUCCCUCAGCCCCUCUCUGUCCAGCCCUUGUGUCUCUGCCUGUAUCUGUAGUCCUGUGAACCUGCGAACACCCUCCAUUAGUUACCCUGGAUUUGAGACCAUGCAUGGGCAUUAAGUUGUCUUUGUCACACCGCCAUCUUCUGGCUUGGUUUGUCAAUAUUUACAUGUUUAUUAUUAAAGAAAGUCACCCUAAUCCUCCAUCAGUUCUAGAUGAUCAUGUAGCUGCUGCUAAUGACAAUAACAAUAACGACGAUGUUCCUGCUGAUGGUAACAUUGACCCUGUUUGCUGUCCAGUGGCUCCAGAGCUGAUGGACCAGGCGUUGAACAUGUGGCACCCAACUCCCAGGAAGUCCUCCUGUUUCUCCUGCUCUCUGAACGGAUCCCCUGUUGGCUCGCUACCCAACGGCUGCAACCAGGACAGGGCUCCCCUGAAACUCCUCUGUGACACCAUGAAGUACCAGAUAAUUUCCCGUGCUUUCUAUGGCUGUGAGUACAUGCAUCUUGAAUUCAUUUUGGAAAGACUGAUUCAAAUGCUAUAUUCUUCAUGCAGUGGCAUACUGUAGUUUCGCAGGGGCCCUGCAAGGUCUGGUGGUGGGGGGCGGAGCCCGUCUUGCGGGAACGUGUGGUACGCCAGUGUCUUCAUGUUAUGGUUGGAUUGAUAACCAUGCACGUUUCUUCACUUCUUCAUUGAAGGGCUUGCCUACUGCCGUCACCUGUCCACCGUUCGUAUCCACCUCUCUGCCCUGGUCAACUCCACCAUCGUCAACCCUGACGUGCCACAUGAUGCCCGUGAAGGGCUCACUGUGGAUGUCUGGAGCAGCUUCCUCCAGGACUGCUCUGUAAGAUCUACUGUACCAUCUGCUCAUCAUUCUAAACACACUGUACACACAACCACAACCUGCAGUGAUUGUGUAUGUUCUACAGGGUUUAGCUAACUGCUCACAGUGCGAAUGUAUCUGCCUUCAUCAACAUCAACAUCCCACUGAGAGGCAUACAGAACCACACAGCAACUGAUGACAGUACUAUAUUGAGUCUGUACAGUGGCUUGCGAAAGUAUUCACCACCCUUGGCAUUUUUCCUAUUUGUUGCCUUACAACCUGGAAUUAAAAUAGAUUUUGGGGGGGUUUGUAUCAUUUGAUUUACACAACAUGCCUACCACUUUGAAGAUGCAAAAUAUUUUUUCUUGUGAAACAAACAAGAAAUAAGACAUAAAAAGAGAAAACUUGAGCAUGCAUAACUAUUCACCCCCCCAAAGUCAAUACUUUGUAGAGCCACCUUUUGCAGCAAUUACAGCUGCAAGUCUCUUGGGGUACAGCUGCAAGUCUCUUGACUCCCGAGUGGUGCAGUGGUCUAAGGCAGUGCUAGCUGUGCCACUAGAGGUCCAGGCUCUGUCGCAGCCGGCCGCAACCGGGAGACCCAUGGUUCGAGUUCAGGCUCUGUCGCAGCCGGCCGCAACCGGGAGACCCAUGGGCGGCGCACAAUUGGUCCAGCGUCGUCCAAGGUAGGGGAGGGUUUGGCCGGCAGGGAUGUGGGUUCGCCUUAUACCACUCAAGUGUUGCUUUAGCAGUAUGCUUAGGGUCAUUGUCCUGCUGGAAGGUAAACCUCUGUCCCAGUCUCAAAUCUCUGGAAGACUGAAACAGGUUUCCCUCAAGAAUUUCCCUGUAUUUAGUGCCAUCCAUCAUUCCUUUCAAUUCUGACCAGUUUCCCAGUCCCUGCCGAUGAAAAACAUCCCCACAUCAUGAUGCUGCCACCACCAUGCUUCUCGGGGUGAUGAGAGGUGUUGGGUUUGCGCCAGACAUAGCGUUUUCCUUGAUGGCCAAAAAGCUAAAUUUUAGUCUCAACUGACCAGAGUACCUUCAUCCAUAUGUUUGGGGAAUCUCCCACAUGGCUUUUGGCGAACACCAAACGUGUUUGCUUAUUUUUAUCUUUAAGCAAUGGCUUUUUUCUGGCCACUCUUCUGUAAAGCCCAGCUCUAUGGAGUGUACGGCUUAAAGUGGUCCUAUGGACAGAUACUCCAAUCUCCACUGUGGAGCUUUGCAGCUCAGUUGGUAGAGCAUGGCGUUUGCAACACCAGGGUUGUGUGUUCGUUUCCCAUGGGGGGCCAGUAUAAAAAAAUAUAUAAAAAAUGUAUGCUCCGGAUAAGAGCGUCUGCUAAAUGACUAAAAUGUUAAAUGUUAUCUUUGGUCUCUUUGUUGCCUCUCUGAUUAAUGCCCUCCUUGCCUGGUCCGUGAGUUUUGGUGCGCGGCCCUCUCUUGGCAGGUUUGUUGUGGUGCCAUAUUAAUUCAAUUUUUUAAUAAUAGAUUUAAUGGUGCUCUGUGGGAUGUUCAAAGUUUCGGAUAUUUUUUUAUAACCCAACCCUGAUCUGUACUUCUCCACAACUUUGUCCCUGACCUGUUUGGAGAGCUCCUUGUUCUCCAUGGUGCUGCUUGUUUGGUGGUGCCCCUUGCUUAGUGGUGUUGCAGACUCUGGGGCCUUUCAGAACAGGUGUAUAUAUACUGAGAUCAUGUGACAGAUCAUGUGACACUUAGAUUCCACACAGGUGGACUUUAUUUAACUAAUUAUGUGACUUCUGAAGGUAAUUGGUUGCACCAGAUCUUAUUUAGGGGCUUCAUAGCAACAGGGGUCAAUACAUAUGCACUCACCACUUUUCCGUUAUUUAUUUUUUAGAAUAUUUUGAAACAAGUGAUUUUUUUCAUUUCACUUCACCAAUUUGGACUAUUUUGUGUAUGUCCAUUACAUGAAAUCCAAAUAAAAAUCAAUUUAAAUUACAGGUUGUAAUGCAACAAAAUAGGAAAAACGCCAAGGGGGAUGAAUACUUUUGCAAGGCACUGUAUGUAAUCACAUUCACAACCUUUUCUCCUGCAGGUAUAUGAUGAGCAAGAGCUUCUGCGGCUGGUGUACUAUGGUGGUGUGGAUCCUACAAUACGCAAGGAGGUCUGGCCAUUCCUGCUGGGUCACUACCACUUCGAUAUGACCGAGAAAUGUAGGAUGGAGGUGGGCACUGUUAUAUUGUGGUAAAAUUACAAACUCAGGAAUCAAAGUAGGGAGGAGGGUCAAAUGUAAUACCAUUACACACUAGUGACCCUGUGUGUUUAUCUGUGUGUAUAGGUGGACGAGCAGGUGCGGGCCUGCUAUGAGCAGACUAUGAAGGAGUGGCUGGGCUGUGAGACCAUCGUAAAGCAGAGUGAGGGGGAGAAGCAUGCUGAAGCCAUAGCCAAGUGCAACUCUGUGGCCAGUGUUGACAGACCAGGACCAGUGCAGCAAGACUCCACCAUCAGUACUGAUGUAAGGGGGUCAUACCUGUCCCAUUUGAUGGCAAUACAUGACAGAAUUUGUGACUCAUACUCAUAUGGUUAACACACUUACAUACGUCUCUCCCCAUGCUGUUCCGGUCUCUUCCUGGUUGGCAUUUGGCUCAUCCUCCUACACCAGUCCUCACAGAGCAUUGGUUCAGACAAACAGAUUGUCCACUCACAGAGUGACUCCAGCAGUAGCACACAGGUACAGUAUGUUUAUACUGAAGGAUUUUAAUAUAAUAUAUUGAUGACACUUAGUAUUCACUGUCCUAUGGUCUGCUGUUGCAGGCAUUUUGGUCUGUCGAGGAAGUGGAUCUGAUUGAAUCUGAGACAAAGCUAGAGAAAAGAAAAGAGCAGUCCAUAACCCCAAUGAAAGACCUCCGAGAUGUAGCCAUCCCAAAUGAUACCUCAGACUCUGGGGACCCAUCCUUCUGCAACUUGUCUGUUGACUCAGGUCUUCCAGAACAGCCUCAAAGCACAAACAACAACAACAGUCAUGUAUCUGACUCACCAGUCAGACCAGCAGCCACUCAGCCAUCACCAGAGCCAUCAGCGGCCCAAGGAGCUGCAUCUAGCCCAGUGGCCAAGGCUGAGCCACCCCUAAUAGAGAGUCCUUUCACUGUCUUGGGAACUGAAGGUGAAACUGAAGAACUGAAGCUGCCGAUAACAGUUGAUAACAAGGCUGCAUCAGCUGGAGAGUUCAAGGCCCCAGAGCGUGAAGUGGUUGAAAGCUCAAAAUUGGUAGACAUCGGGAAAACCUCAGAAAAGGUUGAAGAGGGUUCUGACAAAGAAUAUGUAAAGUCCUUAGGAAAUGUUGAAAUGGAAGAAAACAAAGUUAUAGCAGAUGGGUUGUCUGAAGUUUCCACCACAAAAGACCCAAAUCUCUUUGUGAGAGCAGCUUUUGCAACUGAGAAUACUGAUAUUCUCAAACUAGAAAUUGAGGUUUCUAAUGUAUAUAUUCCAGCACCGCGACUAGGCGAGGCCACAGUUACUAAAACACAAAAGAGCAAAGCCCCAGCGACAGAGCCCUUCUGUCCCACAGAGCCAUCUGUAACAGAAGGAAACAAAGAUUCAACAACGAUACGGGAGGCUGGUAUUGCUGGAAAAGAGGACACAACCUCCUCUGACAUUGAAGAAAUCACAGAAUCUGAAUUUCUAAAAAUUCAAACCCCUCAAACCAGCAAGGCUUGUGUUUGUGAGAAAGACAUGGAUAGUACUAAAGGAAAGGUUGCAAAAGUAUUCGAAACCAAACCAUUAGUCGGUGUCCCUGAGAAAUACAAUAACACAGCUCCAGAAAAGACAGUUGCCAUAGAUUCAGAGAAACAUGCACCUGCAUUGCCAGUACUGAAUCCACCCCCGCCUGAGGCCAGGGCCAGUGUUACAGUGACAGCCCCCUCUAGGCGAUCUCCUGAUACACUAGAUUCUGAUGACUCGCCCUCCGCCUUAGAGAUGGAGGACAUUCCCACGGCCUGGGCUAGACCCUUGUCUGGCCUGAUGGCUCCCCCACAAGCCCCCUUGGCCCUCGGGAGAGUUGGCUCAGGGGAGCCUGUCCUGGAUGCACGCUCCAACACCAGUCCUGAUGGAACAGAGCCAGCCCUGUCUGAGGAGGAGCCUGAGAUAGAGAGUCUCUACCCUCAGUCUGAAUCUGUGGUUGCGACAAAGGAACUCAAACCUGAGGUCUCACCUGCAGGGACUAUCUAUUCUGUAAGUACUCCAAAUGAGUUACCUACUGUAUGUGUACUGUAAUGAAUGUCACAGAUUUUGAGGUUGAUUGGCUAAGAGUUGGUUUAACAUACAGUACCCAACUGGCUACAGAGCUGACACAAUGCUGGUAUGAAUGACGAAACAAUAGCCAUUUGAAGUUGAACAACUUUAACUCAUCUUAGUCCCUUUUGUCACUCUGUGCAGCAAGAGCAGCUGGAUUUGUACUUGCUCAACCUGCAUCGCAUUGAUAAGGACGUGAGACGCUGUGACAGAUCCUACUGGUACUUCACCCCUGCUAACCUGGAAAAACUACGCAACAUAAUGUGCAGUUAUGUGUGGCAGCAUCUGGAGAUUGGCUAUGUCCAGGGCAUGUGUGAUCUGCUGGCUCCUUUACUGGUCAUUCUGGAUGAUGGUCAGUCUGCAUGAACAAUAGCUCUCUUAUACUGCAUAAUAUUACUGCAUCAUUUGCAGACAUGAGUAAGAUAACAUUCAUCAUUUGCUGUUUAUUUGUGUCUGUGUGUUACCCAGAGGUCAUGGCUUUCAGCUGCUUCUCUGAGUUGAUGAAAAGGAUGAAUCACAACUUCCCCCAUGGAGGGGCCAUGGACUCACACUUUGCCAACAUGCGCUCCCUCAUCCAGGUACCAUAAACACGUAUGCUCACACACACGCACAUAUAUUCACAGUCACACAUGCAAAUUAUUAUAAGUACAGUGAUAUUACUUUGUAGUAACAGAUAGGCACUCUCAUAUUUUUUUCUGCUAGAUCCUUGAUUCAGAGCUCUUUGAAGUGAUGCAGAUGAAUGGAGACUACACUCACUUCUACUUCUGCUACCGCUGGUUCCUGCUAGACUUCAAACGAGGUGCUGACAUCUGCAUGAGCAUGUCUUACAUCGCACACAGUGCCUUGCAAAAGUAUUCAUCCCCCUUGGCGUUUUUCCUAUUUUGUUGCAUUACAACCUGUAAUUUAAAUGGAUGUUUAUUUGGAUUUCAUGUAAUGGACAGACACAAAAUAGUCCAAAUUGGAGAAGUGAAAUGAAAAAAAUCACUUGUUUCAAAAAAUUCAAAAAAAUAAAUAACGGAAAAGUGAUGCGUGCAUAUGUAUUGACCCCCGUUGCUAUGAAGCCCCUAAAUAAGAUCUGGUGCAACCAAUUACCUUCAGAAGUCACAUAAUUAGUUAAAUAAAGUCCAACUGUGUGCAAUAUAAGUGUCACAUGAUCUGUCACAUGAUCUCAGUAUAUAUACACCUGUUAUGAAAGGCCCCAGAGUCUGCAACACCACUAAGCAAGGGGCACCACCAAGCAAGCAGCACCAUGAAGACCAAGGAGCUCUCCAAACAGGUCAGGGACAAAGUUGUGGAGAAGUGCAGAUCAGGGUUGGGUUAUAAAAAAAUAUCCGAAACUUUGAACAUCCCACAGAGCACCAUUAAAUCCAUUAUUAAAAAAUUGAAAUAAUAUGGCACCACAACAAACUUGCCAACAGAGUGCCGCGCACCAAAACUCACGGACCAGGCAAGGAGGGCAUUAAUCAGAGAGGCAACAAAGAGACCAAAGAUAACCCUGAAGGAGCUGCAAAGCUCCACAGUGGAGAUUGGAGUAUCUGUCCAUAGGACCACUUUAAGCCGUACACUCCAUAGAGCUGGGCUUUACAGAAGAGUGGCCAGAAAAAAGCCAUUGCUUAAAGAGAAAAAUAAGCAGGUACUCUGGUCAGUUGAGACUAAAAUUUAGCUUUUUGGCCAUCAAGGAAAACGCUAUGUCUGGCGCAAACCCAACACCUCUCAUCACCCCGAGAACACCAUCCCCACAGUGAAGCAUGGUGGUGGCAGCAUCAUGCUGUGGGGAUGUUUUUCAUCGGCAGGGACUGGGAAACUGGUCAGAAUUGAAAGGAAUGAUGGAUGGCACUAAAUACAGGGAAAUUCUUGAGGGAAACCUGUUUCAGUCUUCCAGAGAUUUGAGGCUGGGACAGAGGUUUACCUUCCAGCAGGACAAUGACCCUAAGCAUACUGCUAAAGCAACACUCGAGUGGUUUAAGGGAAAACAUUUAAAUGUCUUGGAAUGGACUGGUCAAAGCCCAGACCUCAAUCCAAUUAAGAAUCUGUGGUAUGACUUAAAGAUUGCUGUACACCAGUGGAACCCCCAUCCAACCCAUCAUGUAGCUCAGUUGGUAGAGCAUGGCGCUUGCAACGCCAGGGUUGUGGGUUUGUUUCCCACAGGGGGCCAGUAUGAAAAUGUAUGCACUCACUAACUGUAAGUCGCUCUGGAUAAGAGCGUCUGCUAAAUGACGUAAAAUGUAAAAACUUGAAGGAGCUGGAGCAGUUUUGCCUUGAAGAAUGGGCAAAAAUCCCAGUGGCUAGAUGUGCCAAGCUUAUAGAGACAUACCUCAAGAGACUUGCAGCUGUAAUUGCUGCAUAAGGUGGCUCUACAAAGUAUUGACUUUGGGGGGGGGGGGGGGGGGGGGGGUGAAUAGUUAUGCACGCUCAAGUUCUGUUUUUUUGUCUUAUUUCUUGUUUGAUUCACAAUAAAAAAUAUAGUGGUAGGCAUGUUGUGUAAAUCAAAUGAUACAAACCCCCCCAAAAUAAAUUUUAAUUCCAGGUUGUAAGGCAAGAAAAUAGGAAAAAUGCCAAGGGGGUUGAAUACUUUCGCAAGCCACUGUAUGUGUAUGGUGAUGGAAUCAAACAGAAAGGGGCAUGCUGGUGAUGCUUAAACCUAAAUUAAUCUUGAUCAAGGUAUUCAAUAUGAAGGUCCUAUACAGAUUUUAGAAAAUGUCAUUGUUAGUAUUUUCUGACGUUUUUAUUUAUGUAACAUGACUGUUCUGCAGGCAGGUCACAUCACAGCGUCUUACUUGGUGUAUAACCUGCUGUGCCAUUCUUCCCUUCAGAGAUGGUGUAUGAUGAUGUGUUCUCCGUGUGGGAGACCAUCUGGGCGGCCACGUAUACCUCCUCCACUCAUUUUGUUCUCUUCAUCGCUCUGGCACUGGUGGAGAUGUACCGAGACAUCAUCCUGGAGAACAACAUGGACUUCACUGACAUCAUUAAGUUCUUCAACGGUGAGGCUAAAGGAUGAUGUUAGAUGUUGUUAUGGAAUGGAAUAUUUGAUAAUUCAGUUAUUUCAUUCAUUUCAUUGCCACUUUCUUUUUGCUUGCUGAAUGUAUGUUUUGAAUGUAGCAACUGCUUUUAUUGUGCUUGCUAACAAAGGCAAAAAGCAUAACUCCAUAGGCUGCACUCAUAUGUAAAUCAACACAACCAAUUAGGUUAUUGUAACACAGUGUGUUUGAUUUGAUUUCCCUCUUCAGAAAUGGCUGAGCAUCAUAACGUCCCACAGGUCCUAACAAUGGCUCGAGACUUGGUCCUCAAAGUGCAGACUCUCAUAGAAAACAAGUAA